GCCGUCGGAAGUGAGAUGCCCCAACAUAUUACAAGCAAUUGCGACUCGGCAAUCGGCGCACGAAAGAGCGACUACCCAUCGUCUUCAUCUUUCUGCCUUACUAUUGUUUUGCUACCACUAUCUUUGUUUCGCUCCGAAUUGAGCCCAAGACGCACAUGUAUCUAGUCCCUUUUGAACUUUUGUGGUUUUGAACUGGCCCGAUAUGUUGUACUUGCUAUGCGCUGUGCACCCUCUUUUCUGCUCCCUUAUCGUCGCUGUUUGUCGCUGCUCGUCGCUGCUCGUCGCUUUUGGUCCUUUAUCCCCGGCUCUCGCUCGUCUCCUCCGCCUCCCACCCUCUUGGGCCUUGCUUUACGUCUCAAGCCAUCUUUGCUUUUUCCACUUCAUCCUCCUGUUACACCUGGUCUCCGCCACCUCCUCCGCUUCUCAACUACUUCCCUCCCCGCUCCUCGUCUCGUUCUUAUCAAUUCCUUUGUUCCAGCUUUCAGUCCAGUCUCCCUCCUCUCCGUCCAACGCUCGUAAUCCGCAUUCGCUUGCAGUCUCAAUAUUGAUUUCUUGACCACCCGAAGCCAUGCAUCUGUUGUUUGAAUCGCCUGUAAUGAGCCCCUCUCCACAUCCCAGCGGUCCUGCCUCAGCGCUGUCUGUGCUCAUGCUGUUG